AUGGAAAAUAGUUUCUGGCCGUCGGAAUCAGAGGAGGUGGAGCUUCAAAUGGGACACAUUCCCUUUGGGGGGAGUAACCGCAAUCACCAGUCGUCUGGAGUGGAGAUAACUUCUUUUUAUGUUUCGGAAUUCCCAGAUUACUCAAGCGCGAAGGAUCUUUUUGAGUUGUUUUGCUGUGUAGGGAAGGCGGUGGAAGUUUCAAUCUCACCGAGGAGGAACAGUAGGGGAAAACGUUUCGGUUUUGCGUGUUUUCCAGGCAUAGAAGAUGGAAGGUUGUUCGCGGUCAGGCUCGAUAAUAUCAUUAUAACAGGGAGGCAAAUUCACGCCAAUCUUCCUCGUUUUCAAAGGGGUAAGCUGGUAGGAGACUCAGGGUUUGUGAAUCAGAGUAUCGGAGGAGGGGGUUCCAAAGUGGGUAAGGAGGCGGCGGAGGGGAAUUUCAGAGAUGGAAUGGGAUCUAGGAGGGGCAUCAGAACAUUCGCGGCAGCGGUAGGGGGAGUUUCUGGUUGCAAAGAUGUUACAGGGGAAGUGUCCAUAAAUUUCUGUUUCAAGUCUAAUGAUGAAGACAAAAAGAGAUUUCUGAAAGCUUAUGUUGGGAGAGUUCUCAUUCCAAGGUCAGCUUACAACAUUCAAUCUUAUAUGGAGAUGGAUGGGGUCUACCCCGUGAGAGUAAUUCCAUUGGGAGGGGAUGUCUGUCUGUCGAAGGAUAGGGAGUCGAGAUUUAUUGAAGAUUUGAUUGUAGAAGGGGAAACCUGGUGGAAAAGCUGGUUCUCUGAGAUUAAGAGGUGGGAGGAAGGAACGGUUGGUGAGAGUAGGGAUGUUUGGCUGAGAAUUUUUGGUAUCCCUGCUCACGUGUGGAUGUCUUACUUUUUUGUGGCAUUGGCGGAGGUGUGGCUGAAAUUCAUUUGCGUGGACGAGAGAACAGCGAAAGGAGAAGCUUUUGAUGUCGCAAGGAUUAUGGUGAAGGUUAAUUUAUAUCUCAAAAUACUUGAUGUCUUUCCUGUUACCAUUGACGGUAAGAUGUUUAAUUUAGUGAUGCGAGAGGAUGCGAUAGGGUUGUUUGGAAGUAACGUUGAGCCAUCGGGAAAUAGGGAUUCUGCUUCUUCAUCAGCAGACUCUGAAAGAAUUUGGCAGGAUUUUUCAUUGAAGGGAAGUUUGAACCAUGGCGUUGACGUUCCGUUCCGUGAUCACGGAGAAAUUGACAAGGGAGAUUCGUCGGGAGGCGGAGGUGGAGGAUCAGAAAAUUUCAAGGGCUCGUUUUCGAUUCCGGUUUUGCUGGGCAGGGAAGAAAACAGUGCUACUGCUUGGAAGGAUGCAAAAUUGGGGAGUUUCGACGAGGCUGUAUCACGUUUUCGGGCAGAAACUUCUUUGAAUUUUGACUCGAAUAAAUUAGUGGAAGAAGUGGUGAUUAUUGGUAAUAAAAUAAAUUAG